GUAAAGUAUUGGUAGUAAGGUACGAUUCUAUUUCGGACUCUCCCAUGUAUGUAAACUAUCUAUCGUGGUCUCAUUUGUAGGGAUUGAUUGAUCAACAAAAACUGGAUUCCUUCAACCUCCCAAUUAUCUACAUGCCAUCCGCCAUGGAAGUGGAAGCCGAGGUCCAGAAACAGGGCUCCUUCGCCAUUGAACGCCUAGAGGUAUGGGAUAUGAAUUGGGACGCCGGCUACGAGGGGGAAGUGACGAGCUUGCCCGCCGGAGACGGUGGCUACAACCUUUCCAAGUGCACGGAGGCGGUGUUUGGUCCGGUCAUCGCCCAUAACUUUGAUUCCACGUCGGAAAUCAUUGACGAGGUUUUCAAGAGGUACGGUCUCCUUCCAUCCAAGGAGAGUCCAAUUUAGAGUUUGACGGUCUCGCUCACUAAGCGACGUUGAUGACAAAAUUGGAAAGAAUUAAACACACGCAUGCAUGCAGAAAUGGUAUUCGAUCAUGUUUUUAUUCAAUGGAGGUUCUAUUAAAGUGUAAUGCUUCAA